GCUUAUAUGAAGUAACAAUUUAACUUUAAGUUGAAUCACUUAAGAAUCUUACAUCGACUCGAAUAUCGACCCUUACUAGUUUAAUUUGUAAUCAUGGAAUUUCCGGAAUUAGGAGCAAACUGCGCUCUUAAUGCCUGUAAACAACUAGAUUUCCUUCCCAUGAAAUGUGAUGCGUGCUCCAAGUUGUUUUGUAAGGAUCAUAUCAAGUAUACAGACCACAGUUGCGAAAAUGCCUACAAAAAGGACUUUCAAGUACCAGUUUGUCCAUUAUGCAACAAAGCAGUACCUGUACCCAGAGGGGAACAACCUGACAUAAAGGUUGGAGAACAUAUUGACAGAGAUUGCCAGUCUGAUCCAGCAGUGGCUAAAAGAAAGGCAUACCAAAAUAAGUGCUCUCUCAAAGGAUGCAAACAAAAAGAGCUCAUUCCUGUUAGGUGUGAAUCUUGUCGGCAAAACUUUUGUCUCAAACACAGACAUGAGCGAGAUCACAACUGCUCUGGGGUUGUAAGGGGUGCAACUGGAAAUAAAACAAGUGCUUCCUUGAAAGCAGGAGAAGCUGCAGCCAUCAGAGCAAAGAAUGUGGCUUCAUCAUCAAAAACACAUAAGAGACCACAGCAAACAUCGUUGUCAUCAAUAGGAAGAGACUUAGACAGGUCCAGACGGGAAAGACAGACAAGUACUCCAAAUCCACAACCCAUUCCACAACCAGCAUUGAGUGAGGAUGAGGCCUUAGCCUUAGCUAUACAAGCUUCUCUACAAGAUCAGCCAAAGACAAAGUCAUCCAGUCCACCACAGACAACACAAGAAGAGGAAGACCGAGCUCUAGCACGAGCCCUGGCAGAGUCUGAAAGAGAGGAGCAGAACAGAAGACGACAACAGGAGCAACAAAAGAAAUCAGAUUGCCGUGUCACAUGACCCCUCAUCUUACCAGAAAUUCUAAGUUGCAAUGUAGAAAGAAAUUGAUUAUUCUAAAUUCAAUUAUAACUACAAGUGGCUACAGUUUCCACUUGAUGUAAAUGUACCAGAAUUCCAACCAACAGCUAUUAUAUUAUUAACUAAAUUAUGGUGGGCUGGCAGUUUACUUUUUCCAGAAUGUAAAGCACAUGUAAAAUACUUCAUGAAAUUUAAUGUGAAAUAAUUUUUAUUUAACAUUUUAUUAGCAACUUGAUAGCCUUUAAUGAUUGAAACAAUGUAAAUGAAUAAUGUAAAUCCAACUUUAGAGGCAGUUGUAACAAUAUUAGGUUUUAGUAGCUAUUUGAAGACAAAAGUUCUAGAAAUAAAGUGUUUUAUAACAGCGAA